AGCUGUGGUUUAGACGGCAUGAUUAUCCAAUGGCGACAUGAUACUCGAAAGAGCCACCUAGAAGCCGUCAACUACUUCUUACUGCUAGCCGAAAACGUCCGACUCCACAAGCAGAUUCCCAGCGGAGGAAGCGGAACACAUGUCGGAGUGACGUCGCUUGCCAGAAACCAUUUUGAUGAUGCCGUCUUCGUGAUGGGAACUGAAGGAGGCGGAGUUCUUCAAGGAUCGCUCAGUCUAUCGCGGCCGAUAGCAUCACUAGUCGAGGGCCACACGUCGCUGGAGCGCACCUACAGCUGUCCUGUCGUGGCACGAUUCCCUCCCCACCGUGGUCACACGCUCGACGUCCACUCGUCUCCCUUCGAGAGGAAUGUGUUUGCGUCUGGCGGCAUGGACAGAGAAGUCAAAGUGUUCAGCUUGCUGCAGCUGGAGCCGGUGCUGACCAUUCCACUUCCAGAGGCGGCCACUAGGGUCCGUUGGUCUCCUUCGCAGCCGACUCUGCUGACGGCGCUUCAGGGCGACGGCCGCCUUGGCUUCUACGACCUGCGUCGCACCACAGCUCCCGUGGCGGAAUUUACACUGAACGCUGAACGUGGCGCUGGCACAAGUCUCGAGUACUGUGCGCGCAGCCCAGACCUGCUCUUCGUUGGUCGCGGGCCCGGCAACACGCAAGUCUGGCAGCUGGGUUCCAAGUUGGUGGCGGCCGGCGAAGUAAACCAGAGCGACCUCAUCAGGGAUGUGGCCAAUGGCACCUUUGCUCCCGAGUAGCCCGCAGCCCGGGUCGAUAGCCAUCACCCAAGAUCGGCUCUGUCCAGUGAACUUUGUUCGCUCACGGAAACGAGAGUGGAGGUGCACCUUUCAUCGAGAUCGACGUUUCAUUGAGAACGACAUGAAAGAAGGAAGUACACAAAUGAUACUUCACUUUCGCUCCGCACGCGGCUAGAAAAAUUAUCCAAAGAAAGGGUUGCUAACUAAAGGAAUAAACCGCACUG